ACUGUCCCUGAACGCACCGCGAAGUGAGAUAGGUCGGUGCGGUAGAGAUAAUACUUUCGUUUUCUUGAGAGCAGUCAACUGCUUAAGACAAUGGGCGUUUUGUGUUGGAUAAGUUCUUAAAUUAAUGAUAAAAACGUGACGAAGCUGGCGAUUUCCUUGGCAAUGUUACCACAAUGAUAAUUUUCACCUUAACUUAUAAAUAGUGGCGAACGGUGGUCGGAAGAGGACCACGGAGCUGUAUUGUUGAGCCAGUUCAGGCUUUUUACUGUCCCUGAACGCACCGCGAAGUGAGAUAGGUCGGUGCGGUAGAGAUAAUACUUUCAUUUUCUUGAGAGCAGUCAACUGCUUAAGACAAUGGGCGUUUUGUGUUGGAUAAGUUCUUAAAUUAAUGAUAAAAACGUGACGAAGCUGGCGAUUUCCUUGGCAAUGUUACCACAAUGAUAAUUUUCACCUUAACUUAUAAAUAGUGGCGAACGGUGGUCGGAAGAGGACCACGGCAUGGAGCUGUAUUGUUGAGCCAGUUCAGGGACACGCACCCCAAGCUCAUAUUUUUCUAUAACUUGCAUCUUCAUUUCAAAGGCUGCUGCUCACUGCUCGAUCGCCGUCUACUUGGGUUGCCUCUCUGGUCUGCACAUACGCACGCAAAGUGGAAUGUUGUCGCCGUCUUACUGGGAAAAGUGGCAUUCAGCAGAAGAGUGAAGAAGACUGCGCUCAUUUACCAUGAGCUGUUUGGAUGUUAUGUACCCAGCCUAUGGACAUUACGCCUCGUACGCAGCCAACACUCCUGCUUUCAUCAACACACGACAGACUCCCUCUGGUGUGAACAGCACCUCACCUCCGUGCCGGGAUUUUAUGGACAAUCCCAGGUGUGCUGAGGGAAUGUCCGCCGUCCAGGGCACCGUGGGCGGAUCGGCGACCUCGUCUUCUUCAUCAGCGUCAUCUUCUUCUUCUUCCUCCUCUUCCUCGUCGUCCUCCUACACACCGGCUGCCCCGCGCCCUGACGAGGGCCCCAAGGACAAGCAGGAGGGCCCCGAGGCAGAGUAUCUGAGCUCGCGCUGUGUACUCUUCACCUACUACCAGGGGGACAUCAGCAGUGUGGUGGAUGAGCACUUCUCUCGGGCACUAAGCUCCUACAUGGACGGGGAGGGGAAGAGGCGGGCUUCGGAGCAACAGGUUGCCGCUACCCCAGACACGCCUUCGCCGAGCAGCCGACGAAGCUUCCCUCCAUCCUUCUGGGACAGUAACUACUCAUCGCCUCAAAGUCGCGCACACUGUGAGACAGCAGCUCCUUCCUAUUCCAUGGACCCCUACGCGUCAGGGCUGCACCCUGGCCUGCCUCAUCCGCACGCUCACCCUCACCCACACCCACACGCUCACCCUCACUCACACCCCCACCCAGCAGAGAGCUGGGGAUACACCCAAGCUCAGGCCUAUGGGCCCCCGAGGCCUCUCCAUGAACUGUACUCGCCCUCCGCUUUGGAGCCCCACUACGGGCCACUGCUCAUGCCUGCCGUUCGGCCGGCCCACCUGCCUACCUUGCCGAGCCACUACGAAGUAAGCAAGUUGGAACCCACGGCGUCCUGGCCCGGCCUGCUCCCCCCGGGAGAUGUGAGCCAGACACUAGCCCUCAACAUGGAUGCAGGCUUGCAGCAGCACAAGAAAGGCAAAGAGCUCUACUGGUUUUAACGAGGCCCACAUUGACCACAGCCAAUUAGUCCCUGGACCGUCUUCGCUAUUGAACAAGCAUCUCUUCUUUAUCCCAUGCAUUGGAUUCAUUCAUACACAUACACACAUGUGCAAAACCACCUGGCCUCCUCUUACAGGAUGCAGCCUAGCUCUAGGUGGAUGUGAGUGCACCAUGGAGAUAACACAUAAUCUGGACCGCCUUCGCCAUGUCCCUCUCCCGGGGCAGAGCCUGGCAUGGGUGGGACGCCAUGUUGGACCCAGAAAAAUAGACUUCAGCUGAUCGAGGGAUGGACCUAGGGGGAGGGGAUUGUUCCAAUGUGCCUGGUUAUCUCCAUUUCAUUCUUUUGUUUGUUGCUGCAUCCACCAAUAAAUCAGACGAGAAAUGGAGAUUUUUACUUUUUGACUGACAUGGUGUCAUUUCUAUUUAUUUGUGUUUAUUUUAUUGAAUUGUUUGCUUUAUAGGCCAGUGCUUCUGCAAUGAUUGUGGUUGGGGUUCUCCAAGUGACCACACAAGAUGUAUAAUGUGGCCAUUGUGCUCUUAAGGGGGAAAGUGUUUAUCAGGGGUAAGAGAAAAUGUGUUCUUUGGAUUUUUUUUUGCUUUUUUUUUCUCCAUAUGCUCAAUAAGUACUCUCUCAUUUGUGUGUUAUUCUCUUGAUUUAUUUUUGUGUCCAAAAAGAUUGUGAUGUCAAUAAAU